AUCAUAAUCAGGGUACAGUUUCGCUGAAACCGAUCCGUGUUGAUCACAGACACAUAUGCGCUUCAUACGACUGAAGACCUUCUCCUCACGGUCUUUUUCUGUCAUGUGUUGGCAUGAGAACUUGCAGUCAGGUUUUUGAGAGGUCUGAUAAACGUUCAGCAAGAAGAGGAAGCAGUUCAGCUUUUAUGAUUCUCGAGGGACGCACUGUGUGUGACCCGGCUCACUUCCCCUUCAUGCCCGUGUGUGCUGGCGCUGUGGGCGGUGGAGUGAAGCGCUCGAGGCUCCUGGCAUGGGCAGCGUAGGGAGCGGGGCGUCCAGUCAGCGGCCAAUCACAAUGCGCAGCGUGGGCACCCGCACCACCCCAAACGGCCCGCUGGCGGCUGCACCGCCUCCCCCUUCGGCCCGCCGCCGCCUCGAUGACCGCAGCUUCAGCGCCGAGCGCAUCCCCAUCCCCAGCACCAAAACCAAGGGCGUCUCCGCCGACGAGCACAGCUACAAUGCAGAGAGAGAUUACCAUGCUAACGCUCGCAACCACACCGACACAGAGCGCACCGCGGCACACAACACCAACCGCCAGCAGACACUCAACGGAGAGAGGCCGGUGUCCAAUGUGGUGUUCACCAAUGGGGCACGGAGGGAAGGACACAGGCGCGGAGAGAGUCUGGACCUGUGUGGGAACAACAUCGUGCUGAACAAUGACAAGAACGGCAGCCAUCAAGCUCCACCGCAGCCGCCACAGCACAAGGACAAGAGCAAAGCCAAACCCAAUAAUCAAAACCAGCCCAACAUCCUGCCCAUCUCGGGAAAACUCGAGCAGGCACAGACCAACGACUCUCUGGUGCGUCCAUCAGCCUUCAAACCUGUGGUACCCAAGAGCUUUCACUCCAUGCAGAAUCUGGUGUGUCCCCUGCAGUCCAGCUCUGGGACGGCCGGCGGUCCUGGGAGCAGCGGAAGUGGCGGCAGCGGAGGCGAGAAAGGGGGUCCGAACGCGCCUGGCCCACUGUGGGACCAGGACAGCCCCGGCAGCCGUGGGACACACACCGGUGCAGGCCGGGCCGGACAAGGCAGUCUGUCGGACUCCGGGAGGAACUCUCUGACCAGUCUGCCCACGUACACAGGCUCCAGCUACGGCCCACCACCUGCGCUCGGACCCCUCAGUGCCUCCACCAGCCACAUCAACCGACUGGGAACCGUCGCCCUGGACAAACUGGACAAGCCGGGUUACCAGAACGGCCUGAGCGCCUCGGACAGCGGCCGCUCCUCCUCAGGCAAGAGCUCCUCCUCGUACCAGCGACUCAGUCACCUGAACGAUGCUCCCGCGCCCCUGAGGCCCUCUCCAUCAUCCGACGACGUUAUUCAGGACCUGGAGGAGCGUCUGUGGGAGAGAGAACAAGAAGUAAGUGAGGUGAUUCACAUGCGGCGAAACCUGGACCAGAGCGAGGCGGCCAUCGUGCAUGUUUUCGAGGAGAAACAGCGCGUGUGGGAGCGUGAGAUGGAGGAGCUGAGGCAGAACUACGCCGGGCGUCUGCAGCAGGUGACCCGACGUGCCCAGCGAACCCAGCAGGCCCUGCAGGCGCAGAUCGCCCGUCUGCAGCAGGACAAGCGGCGUCUGCAGGACGAGAUGACGAUGCUGCUCGCUCAGAGAGAGGAGCUGGAGAAGAAGUGCUUGGACUUCAGGAAGGAGCAGGCCGAUAUCCUGCCCAGACUGGAGGAGACUAAGUGGGAGGUGUGUCAGAAGGUGGGUGAGAUCUCUCUGCUGAAGCAGCAGCUGAGGGAGAGUCAGGGCGAGGUGACACAGCGGGCCGGAGAGAUGGUGGCACUGCGAGGACAGCUGAAAGACCUCAACGCCCAGCUGAGAGAGCGAGAGGAGGCUGAGAUCAGCCUCAAAGAGUCUUUUUGCACCAAAACUCUGGAGCUGGAGCGCUGCGAGGCCGAGCUACAGACCAUGCUUGCCGAGGUCACAGUGCUGCGGGACAAGCUGAGUGCAUUUGAGACGGAGGUUGCACGGCUGAAGAAGGCCCUCAGUGAACUCAGCAGCAGCUCCAGUCGCUCCAGUGAGCCCAGCCUGACUGAUAUGGGUCAGCUGGUGGUGUCCCGCAGCCGAGAGCAUCUUCUGUCCCCCCCGGAGACGCCCACGUCCCUCAGGGCGCUCCCGGCACCAGACCCGCUGCUCACGCUGCAGAGCGACGACUCCAAGGUCCAGUGGCAGGAGUCGGGCGACCUGCGGCAGCAGCUGGAGCGACUGCAGGGCGAGCUGCGUCUGGAGCGGCAGCAGCGAGAGCGGCAGGCGCUCACCUUCACUCAGGAGCGCCAGACCUGGCAGGACGAGAAAGAGCGCGUGCUGAAGUACCAGGCGCAGCUGCAGCUCAGCUAUGUGGAGAUGCUGCAGAAGAACCAGGCUCUGGAGGAGCGCGUAGACAAGCUGGGAGCCCAGAUCGCAACGCCGUCGCCGCUGGAUGCCCCCGUGUCCGUCUCCAUAUCCCUGACCUCUCCCACCCCACCAGCGGAGGAGAAGAAGCUGCCGGAGAUGCACCAGCUGGCUCCGAUGUGGCCCGUGCCGACCCGACUGGAGAGGAUCGAGUCAACGGAGAUCUAAUGCAUCCCUGAUUACAACUGCAUUCAGUACAAUCCAAAAACUAAACCGCUUGCGAGGACUGUCCAAGGAUGCCCUGCUUGUCUGGGGCAGGUGUGUGGGUUGAGGGCAGGUCCGUUGGGUAGUUAUGAGUUGCAUGUGUGGCCUUAUCAGCUGGUUUAGUGCAGAGGAGCUGGCCGCAGGUCAGUAGCCAAGCGGAAAACACUCAGGGGUUUAUGGGGAACCGGCAUUAACAGACUGUUUCAGCUUUGUGUUUUUACAGGCGCGAGGGUUUAGGCUAUUAAUAAGUCACCAUCUUUUCUGAAGAAUAUCCUAAUAAUGACAGCAUCUUUCUGUAAACCUCAAACAAUCAAAACUAGACUAAAACUGCAGGGAGUUCCUCUUAAAGUGAAGUUCUUGCAUGGUGCUUAGAUGCAACGCACCAUCACGUUUAAGGACCAAAUCUUAGUGCCAGUCUCGUAUGUUAAUGUUUAUGUUUGUUGGGCCGCAGAAACAUACUCUACAAAAGUACAUAGAUGUGCAAGAUGAAAUUAAGCAGGUUAUUGAAGCGUUCAAAAGAAGAAGUUCUUCUCUUCUGCUCAGCAAGGCUGCAUUUAUUUCAUUAAAAAUGCAGUAAAAUUUUGAAAUAUUAUUACAAUGUAAAACAGCUGUUUUCUGUGUGAAUCUGUGUUAAAGUGUAAUGUAUUUCUGUGAUGCUCCGCUGUAUUUUCAGCAUCAUUCCUCCAGUCUUCAGUGUCACAUGAUCUUCAGAAAUCAUUCUACACUCAAAAUACAAAAUAAAUGUUUUGGCUAAAACAAUAAUAAUAAUAAUAAUAAUAUAGCACAAAAGUUAUGCAUCAGUCUUUUUGGGUUAUGACAACGUAAUUCAGAUUAUGUUUAAUCAACAAACUACUCUGACUUGGAGGAACUGAAUAAUUUCUAACAUUAACACAAUUUUUUAAUUCAUUAAUCAGAAAUAUUUAGUUUUUUUUUUCAACUAAUUUCAACACAUCUAUAUCUAUUAAUCGUAUCUGUUUGUUUGUUUUUUAUAAGAAAAAAUCAAUUAAUGCAGACAUUUCAGUUUAAAUUACACAAUAUUAAAAUUGUGCAUAUUAAAGCAGAAAUUUUAGUUUAAAUUGCAAUCCAUAUUAAGUUGAUGUAAUCAAAAUGGUAAAAAAUCAAUGCUAAAUUUUCAGUUUAAAUGAAAUGAUCAACAUUAUUAUGUCAAAAGAACAGUUUUAACUUUUAUCAAAACUGAUACAUUGCAGACUCCGAAUGCAUUGUUGCGACGCAUAAUGAAUUGCGCUUCACGAAAAGCGGUGAAAUAGAGUUUGUGCAUGCCUUCAUGUGCUUGAAUAGAGUAUGUUUGGAGGCCGAGGCCUGGUGUGGGACAGAGGAGCGCUCAACCCCCCUGCUCUAUUGCCCAAAGCAGCGGCGGAGGACGUGUAUUCAUUUCAACUCAGAACGUACUGUAUAUCACCUGAAUGUUGUUUUUGCCCUUUUCUAUGUUUUGAGCUACGUAGAGUAAACUAGAAGGAGAGAUUGAGUCAAUAUGUUAGUGCACCUGUCGCUUCGGUCUCAGACCAUCCUGCUUUAAACUGAGGACUCGGUUGUUGUGAACAACAGCAGCUGAAUGAGGUUUGGUUGAUGAAGCUGCUUGACUGAUGGACGGCGGCUGAGCCAAAACUGUGCAGAGGGCGACGGGUCCAUCUCCAAUUAGUCAACGGAUGAAGACUUUGCAUUCUUCCAAAAAGAGCAUAUAAUGUGUCAAUGUAUACUUACUGAGAGUAUCAUUUAGAAUAUUUGACUUUAAAAAUGUCAUAUGCAGUAGAUUGAAGUGAUAAUUGAAAUGUUUUGGCGUAAGUGCACAGAGAUCCCGUGGAAUAUUUGAAUGGGUUGGGAAGACUGAAAUGAGGGUUGUGUGGUAGAUGAAGACUGGAAUUGGCAUGCUACGAGUACUGUUACUGCAGUGUGUAUACAACAGAGCACACUGCGCACAAUACUGUUUCCCACAAUGCAAAGUGCUUGACUUGACUUUGCAUCAACAGUGUGAUGAUUUAAGAGGGAAUAGUAGAAAUAUUUGAUCAAAAAUGCUAAAUAUCCAUUUAAUUUCCCAGAUGCACGCUUGCUGAAUACUAUGGAAAGUCAUUUCCGCCAUUGGAAUAAUAAAAAUAAAAUUAUUUCUCAAUUCUAACCUUUUUCUUGCAAUUCUGAGAAAAUUAGGAAAUGCAAGAUAUAAAGUUAUUAUUGUAGAUAUAAGCUCCAAACUGCAAGAUAUAAACUCACAAAUCAGAUGAAAAAAAGUCAGAAUUGUGAGAUAUAAACAGAAAAUAUACACAAAUUUGUCAACCUUGUUUCCGCCACUGAAAAAAAAAAAGAAAUUGCGACUUUAUAGGUCACAGUUCUGACUUUAUUUUGGCAAUUGCACGUUUAUAUCUUGCAAAUCUGACCAUUGUUCAUGCAGUUCUGAAACAAAUUAAGAAUUUCAUGAUGUAAAGUCAAAAUUGUGAGAUCUAAACGUGCAAUUUGCGAGAAAAUAAAAAAUUAAGUUAAUGGUGGCUUUUUAUAUUACAAUUCUGACCUUUUUAAUCUCGAUUAAAAAAAUUCUCAGACUGAUAUAUGAAGUCAGAAUCGUGGGAUAUAAAUUAGCAAUUUUUGAGAAUUGUGAAAUAUAAAGUCAUCAUUGUGAGAUAUAAACUUGCAAAAUGGAGAAAAAAGUCAAAAUGGUGAAAAAAAAUUAAAUAAUUGCAAUCAACUUUUUUAUUUAUUUCUUUAUUCCAUUGGAGAAAUAAGCUUCCAUAAAACACCAUGUGCACUGUGUACUGCUUACUAUUUCUUUCUUAAUGUGUGCAAUUCUGCGUCUUUUUACAUUACAUUACAUCUAAUGAAUAAAAACUGCCGUGUUGCAUUUUUAAUACAGUUUUGUGUACAAAUGCAUCUAGUCAAAUCAAGAAAGAUUGUAUGAUGAUGUUUCUGUCAUCACACUGGAAGUAGAAGGACAAGCGUGCAGUAUGUAGUGUGCACUAUGUAGUGUGCAGUAUACAGUAUGCAGUGUGCACUAUGUAGUGUGCAGUGUGCUCUCUUGAAUAGAAGCAGCACGAGUCGUAUGCUUGUAUGCUUUUCUAAACAUGGCCAGAUAACAAACGCACUACAGGCUCUGACGAGGGACAAAAGCAGUUUGCUGUUGUAGUGGUAGCAUUUCACAGAACACCUUUUGUCACAAAGUCUUAAACCAUUGCUUAUAAGCUAUAGAACUGAUUCCUUUUUGAUCAAGUCACAUAUCACAACACUAAACGAGCAAGAUUCGCUGUGUUUUGCAUGCGAAAUGCAUCUGGUGCUGGAUGAAGAAACAAGCACAAACAAGUGAUUUAUUUCCCUCAAUGUACCGCUAUAGAAAUGCAAUAGAAAGAGUCUGGAGCGUCUCUCCCAUCAUUGCCAUAUCUGAGAUAAUCACUGCAGCUUUAUGACACUAGGUGUUAAUAGAGAAAGCUUUAGAUGGAUGCUGUCUCUGGCCACACUCUUUUGCUGCUAUGUGCUUCUUCUGUUGUGUUCUUGGUAGAGACAAAGGCAUGUAAAUAUCACUGUUUCUUCUGUGUACAGAACUAUUCUAUCCAAAUAUACCGAGCUAAUGCGUGUGAAUACUUUUGUGAAGUAAUGAGACUGACAUGUCAGCUUUUAUUUUUCAAAACUAUUACUAUAGGAAUAUAAUAUACAUAUAUGAAUCUUAAAUCCUUUGAUCGGCUGUAUUACGGUAAAGUCAUACACUCGAGAGUCCCAUGUCUCUUCUCUUUCUCGAUCAGUUCUUGAGAUGUAUUGGUGCGCCAUGCCACCGAGGUUUUUGUAAAAAAUUCAUUUUUUCCUUUCGUUCUUUUUUUCAGAAAUUGCUUGGAAAAAGCAUAUCAUAGCAAAUAUUAAUUUAAAUAAUAAAGAUGUGGAUAAGAAAACAUA